CAAAAUCUUGGGUUGUCAUUUCAAAUCCUGUAUCGGCCGGCCGGCCGAGCCGAGGUGAGGCUUGGGAGCCACCGGAGAGAAUGGCGGCCACUCUUCUCCCGACCUUAUCGCCGCCCGUUUCCCGCGCCGCCGCCGCUUUCCUCCUCCUCCGACGGGCCCCACCGAAGCCCUUCCGCUCUCACCCUCUCCGCCGCCUCCUCGCCUCCUCUUCCUCCUCCCCACCAACCCCUCCCCUCCGCCUCCUCUCCACCAUGCCGUCCUCCUCCGCCGCCGCCCCGGCCCGCCGGGACCUCCUCAUGCUGGGCAUCGAGACCAGCUGCGACGACACAGCCGCCGCCGUGGUUAGAGGCGACGGGGAGAUCCUUAGCCAAGUGGUCUCAUCCCAAGAAGAUUUGCUUGCGAGGUAUGGGGGUGUUGCUCCUAAGAUGGCCGAGGAAGCUCACACUCUUGUGAUCGACCAGGUUGUCCAAAAGGCCCUCGAGGAUGCAAAUUUGUCAGGAAGUGAUCUUUCUGCAGUGUCGGUAACCAUUGGACCAGGACUUAGUCUGUGCCUUAGAGUUGGUGUUCACAAAGCUAGACAGAUAGCAAAAGCAUUUGGCUUGCCUAUUGUUGGAGUUCAUCAUAUGGAGGCACAUGCAUUAGUUUCCAGGCUAGUAAACAAGGACCUUGAUUUCCCAUUUUUGGCUCUUCUAAUUUCAGGAGGACACAAUCUUCUUGUUCUUGCUCAGAGCCUUGGUCAAUACGUUCAACUGGGGACUACAAUAGAUGACGCGAUCGGUGAGGCAUAUGACAAGUCAGCAAGGUGGUUGGGCCUUGAUAUGCGAAAAGGUGGUGGUCCUGCUCUUGAAGAGCUUGCUCUAGAGGGUGAUCCAAACGCUAUUAAGUUCAGAGUUCCAAUGCGACAACAUAAAGAUUGCAAUUUUUCUUAUGCUGGUCUGAAGACUCAAGUUCGAUUGGCUAUUGAAUCUAGGAAUCUAUGUACAGAUGAUAUUCCCAUUUCUUCCGCAUCAGAAGAAGACAGACAAUCAAGGGCGAACAUUGCUGCCUCUUUUCAGCGAGUUGCUGUUUUACAUUUGGAAGAAAGAUGUCAGCGAGCAGUUGAAUGGGCAUUGAAGAUGGAACCUUCUAUUAAACACUUUGUUGUUUCAGGAGGUGUUGCGUCGAACCAGUAUGUUAGGACUCGCCUGAAUCAUAUUGCUGAGAAUAAUGGCCUACAACUCGUAUCCCCUCCUCCAAGCCUUUGUACGGACAAUGGUGUCAUGAUUGCUUGGACUGGGAUUGAGCACUUCGUUGCAGGUAGAUUUGAUGACCCACCUGCUGCUGAUGAACCUGAUGAUGUGCAGUAUGACCUGCGUCCAAGAUGGCCUCUUGGUGAGGAGCAUUCAGAAGGAAGAAGUGUUGCACGAUCGUUGAAGACAGCUCGGGUCCACCCGUCACUUACGUCAAUGAUACAGGGUUCUCUCCAAAAGUAUAGUCUUUGAUGAGAUCUUAGCUGCUUGGUGCUGUUGAGGUUCUCAUCUUCCAGUUUUGGGACCGCAAUCUUCGUAGCUAACCUUUAUUUGUAUUUGCCGAAUUGCAGCAAUAAGCUGCAAAAGGGCUGAUCUGGUUGUUUAAUUGUACAUAUGAGGCAAUACACCGACACAGUUCAUAUAAGAUUAGAAAAUGUUUAUUGCAUAAUUUGUUGUACUGAAAAUAUUGUAACAAUACAUCCAUGUUUUGUUUGUGGUGUAUAUUCCUUCCAUCUUAACUUGUCAUUCA